UGUUCGGGAGCACUGAGCCAAGGUCAGUGUCUGUGAGCACUGAUCAGGGUGGCGGUGCAUUACGGUGUCUGGGAGCACUGAGCCGGGGUUGGGGAGCACUGUGCCUGAGCAUUGAGCUGGGGAGGGGGAGCACUGCAGAGACGACACUGAGCAGGGUGAGGGAGCACUGCGGUGUGUGAGUAUUGAGCUGGGUGGGGAGAGCACUGCAGAGUCUGUGAGUACAGAGUCAGUUGUCAGUCUGCCCGAAUCCACCGUAUACAGGGGGAGGAGAAAUGAUCCUUCCCCUCGAGGAGCUGCCAGUCUGAGGGAAGACACGGAACAGUCACAUGGACACUCAGUCGGUCAGAGCGGGCGAUGCCGGCAUGGUGGAGCCCGGUCCUCUCGCCCUCCAGGGUGGCCCCCCUGAUGUUCCCACCCUGGCCCGGAGCUUCCUGGAGGAGGAGUUGCGGCUGAACCUGGCCCUGCGGGAUCUGGACUUCGCCGAGCCGGUCAGCCACGUAUACAAUCCGCUGGAGUACGCCUGGGAGCCCCACCGAGACUACGUCACCCGCUACUGCCAGGGCCCCAAGGCCGUGCUCUUCCUGGGCAUGAACCCUGGCCCCUUCGGCAUGGCCCAGACCGGGGUGCCCUUCGGUGAGGUGAAGCACGUCCGCGACUGGCUGGCCGUCCGGGGGGCGGUGACCCCCCCAUCCCGAGAGCACCCUAAGCGGCCGAUCCGGGGCCUGGACUGCCCCAACAGCGAGGUGAGCGGCGCCCGCUUCUGGGGCUUCUUCCGGGCCCUGUGCGGCCACCCCGAGGUCUUCUUCCGUCACUGCUUCGUGCACAACCUGUGCCCGCUGCUCUUCCUGGCUGCCAGCGGCAAGAACCUGACGCCGGCCGACCUCCCGCCCGCCCGGCGGGCCCACCUGCUCGGGAUCUGCGAGGGGGCCCUGCGGCGCCAAGUGGAACUGCUGGGGGCACACCUCGUGGUGGGCGUGGGCCGCUUCGCCGAGCAGCGGGCACGGAAGGCGCUGGCCGGCUGCCCCGGCGUCCGGGUGGAGGGCCUCCCGCACCCCUCGCCCCGCAGCCCCCUGGCCAACAGGGGCUGGGAUGACGUGGCCCGCCGGAGGCUGGACGAACUGGGGCUGUUGGCGCUGCUGACGCCCCCAGGCACCGGACAGACUUGCCAGUAGCCCUUGUCCGUGUUCCUAAAUAAGCGCUCUUGGGGUAGGUUCCCCUAUUUACCAGACUAUAGGGUACCCCUACCUAUGUAUCCGACUAAGUUGUAGGUUGGGGGAUGGAAAAUUGAGGCCGGGCAUGCGCCCCACCCCCUAUUUUUCUCUCCCAUCCCUUCCGGAACCCCUGGCCGGUGGAGGGAAGGCUCACGGUACCGGGAUGUGGGUACUUGUUAAAUGCUUUCUCAGUGCCAAGCACUGUAUUAAGCGCUGGGGCAGGUGCAGGAUAAUCAGUCCAGACACAGUCCCUGUUCCAUGUGGGGUUCAUCUAUUCCCGGUGUCCAGGUUUUUCGGGGUGAGCCUGUGUGAUGUGCCUUAUGGUUGUGGUGCAUCACACAGCCUGGUAAAUAUGGUUCUUGGACCCACCGGCCCACCCAUCUAGGACACCGCCCUCCUUGUCUAGAACACUACGCACCUUCCCCUCUUCUCUUCUGCCCCCCAUCCCUCUGACCCAAACCUCUUCACCCCAUCAUCUUGCCUUCAGAGCUGCAGAGAAGGCUGGUGGCCGGGAGACGGGGGUGGGGAUCCCCGGUGCCCCCUCCCUCUGCCAAUCUCCUUGUGGGGUCCCAUGUGGGCAGAAUAAACUUGCUGCUUCCCCCUUUGGCCAGAGGGCACCUGGAGUCAGGAUGUUUAGCGAAACGGGCCUCGGCUGCAGCCGGCCACAUGGAGGUUAGCGCUUGUCUGUUGGCUUGGAGGAAGGGGGAUGGAGGCGGUGACCUCUGGCUCUCCACUCCUUCUCAGGACUUUUAUAUCCGGUGCAUUAAAGAAAAUCAC